AGCCUGUAUGUUCUCGGCUUUUCAAUGGGAGGAGCCAAUUGAUGGUUCUGAGGAGCAAUAAGAUAGCGCGCCGAGGAGAGGGCUCCAGACUGACAGUGGCAGAGAAGACACCCAUAAGGAUGACUGCCUAUCAGUGUAUGGAUUACUGAGGGAAAGAGAACAAAGAGGAAAGAGGAAAAAGUGUGUGAGAGCAAAGUGAUACCUCCAGCAGGUAUUACUCUUUUGGAUGUGACUCUUGCUCGGACAGAAUGUGUGCCUCACCGUUUUCACACUGCAAACUGUGAAAGGUCUCACAAACACACGUACACAUAUUCACACAGACAAAGAACAGGUCAAAACUGAUUUACUCAUGCUAGUUUGGCUGGGCUGUCCAGCUUCAAACGAUGAAGAGGCCCAAGCAGCAGUCACAGCCUCUUAGCUUUCUCAGUUUCUUCAGCCGAAAACCUAAAACCGAAGCCAGAAUCGAUCUGCCUGCUGAAACGCCAAACCACGACGAGGUGGCCAUUACCUUGACCCCAAAUGAGCAAGAACCUGCAGAACAAGAACAGAGCCCCAGUAGAGGUGGAGGUGGUUGUGGGGAUAAUGGAGGCAAUGGAGUUGAUGCGGGUGUAGGAGGAGGAGGGCAGCAAGCUGCAGAGUGUGGCAGCAGUGGCUCCACGGGGGUCUUGUCUCUGUCCUCCUCCAGUCAAGACCAGCUCCUGGAACACCUGGUUGAGUGUCCUUUGUGCCUGCUGAGUCAACCGCGCGGUCACUUCCCACGUCUGUCCUCCUGUCCGCACCGCGCGUGCACCGACUGCCUUCGCCAGUAUCUGCGCAUCGAAAUCUCAGAGAGCCGCGUUGGCAUCGCCUGCCCACAGUGCUCAGAGACACUGGCACCGCUGGAUGUCCGUGCCAUCCUGGAUGACGGUACCCUGCUGGAGCGUUUUGAGGAGUACCAGCUCCGCCGUUUCCUGGCUGCUGACCCCGACACACGCUGGUGCCCCGCGCCUGACUGCAGUUAUGCGGUGAUUGCGUAUGGCUGUGCUGAGUGUCCUAAGCUGAGCUGUGGCCGUGAGGGCUGUGACACAGAGUUCUGUUACCUCUGCCGUCAGCUGUGGCACCCUGAUCAGACGUGCGACCAAGCCAGGCGCCAGCGUGCCCGCCAUGCCUCGGGCACCAAUGACCCCUCGUUACUUUACGUCUUCAAUGAGGAAGCGGGUGGAGAAGUGGAGGACAUUAAAGCCUGUCCUAGGUGUGGUGCCUACAUCAUGAAAACCAAUGAUGGCAGUUGCAACCGCAUGAAUUGCACCGUAUGCGCCUGCCAGUUCUGCUGGCUGUGUAUGCAGGAGAUCACCGAUGUGCACUACCUCAGUCCCUCGGGCUGCACCUUCUGGGGGAAGAAGCCCUGGUCACAGACCCGAAAAGUUCUGUGGCAGGUGGGCAUGCUGCUGGGUGCGCCGGUGGUUAUCUCCCUUAUAGCAGGCAUUGCCAUACCAGUCAUCAUAGUGGGCAUCCCUAUUUACAUGGGCCGAAAGGUCCAUGGACGCUGUAAGAAAAACAAUAUCUCAGGAAGUAAGCAUUACCUGACAGUGGCCAGCGGCGUAAUGAUGUCAGUCUUUGUUUCCCCAGUUAUAGCAGCCAUCACAGUGGGGGUGGGUGUUCCGCUGAUGUUGACUUAUGUCUACGGUGUGGUUCCCAUGUCACUCUGUCGAAACGGCUGGUGCAGAACCCAAACUGAAUCACCAGACACUCAUAAGAUCCAGCUGGAAGACCUGGCCAGUUAUCUUGUAUUUUCUCAUGUAGUCAGUGAACACUGGAGCAUCCAGCCCAAACCAGCAGCCAGUGAGGCUGAUGGACAGGAAGAGAGUGGCCGCGUACAGGACAUGGCGACAGCUCCCAGCACCAGUGCUGUACAAGUGGAGCCUGAAGGUUGUCAGGAUCCACCUGAUAAUGUACAGGACAAUGACGGAUUACCUGACAGCCAAUCAGAUGAUGCAGGUGUGGUUGCCCUAAGUGUCACACAAAGUUUUGCCUCAAGAGAGGGAACCAACAUUGAGGUGCGGGUGGAGAUUGAAGCUCAGCCCUGGGGUGAACGCCAGCCAAGCCUGAGCAGCGUCCUGUCCAGCAGGAGCCUGUCUGCUGAAUCUCUGACUCAAUCCCUCGAACCCCCGAGUGCCUCUGCUCAGACCAGGGAUGGGGAUCCCCUCCCAGUCACUGAAACAGACAGCGUCUGAGCCAUGCUCAACCACACCCACUACUAGCACCCACUGCACCUCCCACCAGUCACUUCCAGCCUGAUACAGAGUCAGUGACCUGGAGAGAGAGAGAGAGAGACAGACAGACAGACAGACAGACAGACAGACAGAGACAAACAGAAAAAGUGAGACUGAAGGUAUGGAAACUCCCAGGCAGCUGCCAAAAUGCCAUAGAGAAAAUGAAAAAAAUAUUGUCGUAAACAAAGGUGACUAAGAGCAUGUUUGUUGACUAGUUUAAUGGGUCUUGGCACCCUUUUUUCUGUAUUAUAUGAAAUAGAUUGCCUAUUUGGAUGAUGAAAUGUUUAAUUUAUCAUUUAGCCAUUCUUUUAGCGAUGCCCUUGCAUUAAAUGGCCCUACGAUUUUAGCCCCUAAAAUAAAUAAACAAAUCUAGGAGUUGAAAGCAUGAUUUGCUCUUGGUUGUCAUCUAACUUUGACCUGCAGUGAUAUGCAACUGCAGUGUUGAAUUGGAUUCUACAGGUUGUGUUGCUACAGGCAAGUGUGUGUAACAGGGUCUCAAAUGGGGUGUUUCCUUAAGUUGUGCAUUCACUUAAAUUAUGCAAGUUUUUACAUUAUAGAUUGUUCCUUUUCAGGAAGAAGACCUUAAAGUCAUUGUAAUGUAGGUCUAGAUUUACAGCCUAUAGCCAAAAUCAUGCUGUCUGCAAACUUAAGUCUGAAAAUGUAACUUGAGAUCAGUCCCAGAUUAAUUUCUUAUUGUUUAGCGAAAUAUUUUUUUUUUAUGAGCACCAUUUUCAACCUGAAAAUACUUGACCAAAAUGUUUUAUUUCCCAUGUUCUCUUAAACCCACCCAGGCCCCAACAUCACCCAUCGCAUAUAGUUCAUGAGAUGUCAGA